AUGUUUCGCAGACACGACAAGGACACCUCUAAGGGAAGCAAGAAGGAUACUAACAAGUCUCAUCCAAUGACCGACGCAGCAAAGAGUGGUCGUCCAGGCAACCUCGACGCCUCCCAACAGGAGGCGCUCGACCAGUUCCGCUCCAUCAUCCAGCAGAAGGGCCUCUUCAACCCAGAGCGUCACGACGAUGCCUGCUUGUGUCGAUUCCUUCGUGCUCGAAAGUGGGACUUGCCAGCCACAGAGGCCAUGUUCACCGAGGCCGAAAAGUGGAGGGCCGAGUUCAAGGUCGAGCAGCUUUACCACUCUUUCGAGUACCCCGAAAAGGAGAAGGUCGAUCAGUACUAUCCCCAGUACUACCACAAGACUGACAAAGACGGUCGUCCGAUCUACAUUGAGCAGCUCGGCAAGCUCGAUCUCAAGGCUCUUUACCAAGUCACCACUCCAGAACGUCAGAUCCAGAAGCUCGUCGUCGAGUACGAAAAGUUCCAGCGAGAACGUCUUCCCGUCUGCUCCGCUCACAAGCGAGAGCUCGUCGAGACUUCCUGCACCAUCAUGGACCUUAAGAACGUCGGUAUCUCUCAAUUCUGGAAGGUCUCCGGAUACGUUCAGCAGGCCUCCAACAUCGGUCAGCACUACUACCCUGAGACGAUGGGCAAGUUCUACAUCAUCAACUCGCCCUACAUCUUCACCACUGUCUGGUCCGUCAUCAAGGGCUGGCUCGACCCCGUCACCGUCGACAAGAUCAAGAUUCUCGGUCACAAGUACCAAGACGAGCUCCUCCAGCAGAUCCCUGCCGAAAACUUGCCCGCCAGCCUUGGAGGCAAGUGCGACUGUCAACGUGGAUGCUCUCUUUCCGACGCAGGGCCGUGGAACACUGAGGAAGGUCGUCAGAUCAUCGACAAGGUCAGGGUAGAGGAGAAGCACAAGAGGGAACAGCACGAGCGCAAUGCCUCCCUUGUUGCUACCGAUGCUUCCACCCACGAUGCUUCUACCCACGAUGCUUCUACCCCCGCUGCUCCCGUUGCCCAAAACGGCUCGGCACCUGCUUAA